CGGGUGGGCGCCCCGACGGCCCCGCCGCCGCCCCGCUCCCGGCCCGCGGCCCGCCCUGACGCGGCCAUGGCCAGUGACAGCGGCGGGCCCGGCGUGCUGAGCGCUAGCGAGCGCGACCGGCAGUAUUGCGAGCUGUGCGGGAAGAUGGAGAACCUGCUGCGCUGUGGCCGCUGCCGCAACUCCUUCUACUGCUGUAAGGAACACCAGCGCCAGGACUGGAAGAAGCACAAGCUAGUGUGCCAGGGCGGCGAGGCCCCCCGCGCGCAGCCCGCGCCGGCGCAGCCCCGCGUCGCGCCCCCGCCCGGUGGUGGGGCCCCCGGAGCCGCGCGCGCCGGCGGGGCGGCCCGGCGCGGGGACAGCGCGGCGGCCUCGAGCGCCCCGGGCCCUGAGGACGCAGCACAGGCCCGGAGUGGUCCUGGCCCGGCAGAGCCCGGCUCCGAGGAUCCUCCGGCUAGCAGGUCUCCGGGCCCGGAGCGUGCCAGCCUGUGCCCAGCAGGCGGCGGCCCCGGGGAGGCGCUGAGUCCCAGCGGUGGGCUGCGGCCCAACGGGCAGACCAAGCCGCUGCCGGCGCUGAAGCUGGCGCUGGAGUACAUCGUGCCGUGCAUGAACAAGCACGGUAUCUGUGUAGUGGACGACUUCCUGGGCAAGGAGACCGGGCAGCAGAUCGGCGACGAGGUGCGCGCCCUCCACGACACCGGCAAGUUCACGGACGGGCAGCUGGUCAGCCAGAAGAGUGACUCUUCCAAGGACAUCCGGGGGGACCAGAUCACCUGGAUCGAGGGCAAGGAGCCCGGCUGCGAGACCAUCGGCCUGCUCAUGAGCAGCAUGGACGACCUGAUCCGCCACUGCAGCGGGAAGCUGGGCAACUACAGGAUAAACGGUCGAACGAAAGCCAUGGUUGCUUGUUACCCAGGCAACGGAACAGGCUAUGUCCGUCACGUUGAUAACCCAAAUGGAGAUGGAAGAUGUGUGACAUGUAUAUAUUAUCUAAAUAAAGACUGGGAUGCCAAGGUAAGUGGAGGUAUACUUCGAAUUUUCCCAGAAGGCAAAGCCCAGUUUGCUGACAUUGAACCCAAAUUUGAUAGACUGCUGUUUUUCUGGUCUGACCGACGCAACCCUCACGAAGUACAACCAGCAUAUGCUACAAGGUACGCAAUAACUGUUUGGUAUUUUGAUGCAGAUGAACGAGCAAGAGCUAAAGUAAAAUAUCUCACAGGUGAAAAAGGUGUGAGGGUUGAACUCAAUAAGCCUAAUUCGGUCAGCAAAGAUGUCUAGCGGGGCCUUAGGUCCAGCAGUGCUCACACCACCUACAGCCGCUCCGUUGCCUUCUGUGGACUCGCGGAUGGGAUAAGCAGAGACUCCUGGCUGGUAUUCCAGCUGGGAGCCAGGCGACUUUGCCAGGUGUUGUCCAACAGAGGGUUCCAUCUGCUGUGACUGCUGAGGGGUCAGCUCCAGAUCUGUGACUGCACUUGGCCACUGACUGAAGAGGAGACGCUGUCUGAGGAGAGUGGCUUUUCCAUCUGGACGUGAAAUGAGGGCCCUAUGUAGGAUUUUCUUCAUUCUUCUAUUUUGCCAGAUCUAUCAUCUAACUGAGUUCAUUUCAUCUCUUUUUUAUAUCAAGUUUGAAUUCGGGGAAUUUUUGUAUUAGGUACAAUUUAUCAAAACUGAAUUAAGGAAAAAAAAUUACAGUAUUAUUCCUCAAAGUAACAUCAAUCUAUUUUUGUAAACCUCUUCAUGCUAUUAAAUUUUGCCCUAAAGACCUACGAUGAUUGUCGCCAGUGAAUGAUGAUUCGUUUUCUUUUGACUGAAAGUAAAGAACGGGCGUUGAGUUGCAGCCGAAGUCCACGGGUUUUUCUUGGCCUGUCUCACAGUAGUUUGAACUUGUAAAGGUCUCUGCUGUCAUGCUUUGACCUUGGUGAUAGUGAAACCUAACAGUAGAUGGUCACCACUGACUACCAAGUAACCUACAGAAUUAUGAGAGGAAAAACGCCACAGGAAAAGGGUUUAUCUUUUAAGUUAAUUUUUCAAAGCUAAGUGACUGGCACUAAAUAAACUUGAGGCUCUUCUCUGCUCUGGUUCCCAAGACAAAGGGCUUUCUUCCGCUUCAGGUCUGGCCUGCCGUCGGUCUGUCCCACUGCAGUUUUCCCCGUGGUUUCUCCUUAGUUCGACUGUGCUUCCAGAUCCUCCCAGAUCAGAGCCUUGUUCUGUUGCCGAGCACCCAGUGGCCCCAGGCACAUGGACAUGCGUGUGGUUGUAGCCUCAAGCAUGGUCACCGGCUCCUGGGACAGCUAUGCGUCAUUUUCACAGCCAGUGAAAGGCAUGUGUGUAGCUUAGAAAUGAGAAGAAGUGUAAAACCAGACACUUUGUUUUAUGGGUUUUUAUCUUUUUAGAGAAAAGAAGGACGGUGUGGCACAACCACACCAGGCCUGCCAGACUCUUGUCACCUCUACCGUCCCCUUAGAAAGCAGACUUUGCACAGAUUUGGGGUGGAUCUCCUUGUGCCCUUGGGUGUUCUGUCUCUGACCUUGAUCUUUGCCAAAAUGUGUGUAUACAGAACCACUUCUGUGUAUUUCACCGUGCACCAGUCUUAGCAGCUGUCUAGUUUGGAUCCAGUUAGAAACCUUUUCUGUGGAAAGCUCAGUAAUUCUUAUUAAGAGAUUGCUAUUGUUCAUGUAAAACAUGAGAAAAAAAUCAAGUAAAGCUGAGUGUGGACUGGGGGUUCCUCAGCACUGUGCUUGUGUGAGGGGCUCAUGGCAGGAAGUCCAGUUCUGUCCCACAUCCUUCCCUUCAGCCCCAAUAACCGCUGACAACCUCUCCAGCAAGUGCCUCUGCCAGCCGAGGGCCAGCUCGAGGUUAGCCACCUGGCCCUUCUGAAAGCACCAUGUUUCAGAGUUGGGAGAAACUGUUUGGCAUUGGUGGGAGAAGAAAUUUGAUUGGAGCAGCAGCCUUUCGAUGUGGGAGUCCCUGGUAUACUUUGUAUCGGACCUUUACUGGUGUACCAAGUCCCAAACUCUGCUGCCUAGGGGGUGUGUGCUUGCCAGACAAAAUUUAAACUAUAGAUCUUCUGGAAAGUUUAUGUACUUUCCUGGAGGUCACUUGUGAAAAGAUCAAGAAAUCAGGAUAGUCAUGCACUUAAUACUCAAACUUAAUACAAAUUUCAUGUUAGUGGCACGAAGCAGGGCUCUAUUUAAAACUAUUUGUGGCCUCUGUGUGCUAAUCCUGGUUAAAGAGAAAGCUUUAUGAUGCUGUUUAUUCAACACAUUAAGCAGCUGUAGAACAGACCUUUAUCCGUGAUAGGCAGAGCACUUCAGGAUUUGCAUAGAGACUCAUGGUUUGGACGCGGUGUUUCCUAUGAAAGCCUCUCACGUUGCUUGUAAAGCUAAUCUAAUUAAAAAGAUGUAUAAAUGUUCUUGAAAAAACUUAA